AAAACUAUUUGCAAUCAAACAUUAGAAGUGUUUCUUGUUCAUUUUCAAAAGAAAAAUAUGUGAACUUCAUUUCAGGAAAUGAAUAAUAUCCUGGUUGCAGCAAUUGAUUUCGGAACAACAUAUUCAGGAUAUGCAUACUCAUUUGUACACGAAUUUCAAAACGAUCCUCUGAAAAUUUAUAUGAAUCAAUGGUCCUCCGGUUCUGGUCGUUUACAGACUGAGAAAACGUCGACAUGUGUACUCUUCAAUCCAAAAGGAGAAUUUCAUUCCUUUGGAUUCGAAGCUGAAGAGAAGUAUAGUGAACUAGCCUUAGAAAGCAAGCACGAACCAUGGUAUUACUUCCGGCGAUUCAAAAUGGAUCUUUAUCAUGGACAGGCCAUUUCGAAAUCCAUGGAGAUUGAGGAAGAAGGCACGAAGAAAAAAAUGGAUGCACUUAAGGUUUUCAGUGCCUCCAUAAAAUACUUAAGGGAUCAUAUGGUUUCUUCUUGCAAAAGUAAAUUCCCAGAAAUUGAAGAAGACGAUAUUCUUUGGAUCCUAACAGUUCCAGCCAUUUGGACUGACGCAGCAAAGCAGUUCAUGAGAAUGGCAGCAGAACAAGCAGGGAUUUCCACUGAACGGUUGAAAAUAGCUCUGGAACCAGAGGCGGCUUCCAUCUACUGUAAAUAUUUGCCAAUGGGAAAUAGAGGAAACACCUUCGAGCCUGGAUCAAAGUACAUGGUUAUUGAUGCAGGGGGUGGGACCAUUGAUAUAACUGUACAUGAAGUACAAACGAACAAUUCUUUGAAAGAACUCUAUAGCGCAAAUGGUGGACCUUGGGGUGGUACAAAAGUUGAUGAUGCCUUGCAGUGUCUAUUAACAGAUAUUUUUGGAGAGGAUGUAAUGCAGGAGUUUUCGAAAUCUCAAAAAAUGGAUCAAUUAGAUCUUUUCAGAGAUUUUGAAAUCAAAAAGAAAACUGUUAAACCAGAAUUUAAGAAAGAUGAGUUUAUAACUUUGAGAGUCCCACAUAGCCUGUCCAGUCUUUAUUCUGUUUUAAAGGGAAGAGAUAUUUCUUUAAGCGUUCAGUCAAAUGAAAAAUAUAAAGCAAAAUUGAAAUGGUUUGGAGAGAAAUUGAGAAUGGAACCCGGUAUAACAAAAGAAUUGUUCGACGAAAGUUGCAACCAAAUCGUUAAACAUGUGCAGUCUAUUCUUUGCGAAAAUGCGAUGAGAGAUGUCGGAACAAUCUUAUUGGUAGGUGGGUAUGCAGAGUCUUUAAUGUUGCAAAAGGCUAUAAAAACAAACUUCAAUCAACUUAAAGUCAUUUCAACACCAGAAGCAGGUCUUUCUGUUUUGAAAGGAUCAGUUAUUUUCGGCCACGAACCAGAUGCAAUUUCAUCUAGGGUGAGCAAAUACACAUAUGGCAUACGUACAAACGUAGAUUUCAAUCCAAGUGAACAUCCUGAAGAAAAGAAAACAUUAGUAAACGGAAUUGAAAAAUGCAAAGAUAUUUUCAAUAUUCAUGUACGAGUUGGUGAAACAAUGCACGUAGGUGAACCAACAACUUCGCAAACUUAUUUCCCACAAAUUCCCGAUCAAAAAACUAUAGGUUUCACAAUAUUCACGUCACCAUGUAAAAAUCCAAAAUUUACCACUGACCCACGAAGUCGCUUUUUGGGCUAUUUGCGAUUACAUAUGCCAGAAACUUCGAAGAACAUUAAAAAAGAAGUUGAUGUCCAAAUGACAUUUAGUGGGACAGAAAUAGAGGUAUCUGCGAUCGACAAAAUCACCAAAAAAGCUGUCAAGACAUCGGUAGAUUUUUUGCAUUAAGGUUGAUACACAAAAUUUUUGGUACAUGGUUAAUUUGUUGGGAAAAAAACAUUUAAUACUAAAUUUCCGUAUGAAUUUCCGUAUGAAGUACUCUAGAUCAAUUUACUCGGAUCACGACAGAAGUGACUGGUCAACAGGUUAAUCUUAAUCCUCCUAGGACCUAACUUGUAUCUCACUUAUUGGGUACAAGUGGUCAAUUUUUCUCCCAAGUUCACCAUUUAUUUAGUUUACUAAAUCUAUAAGAUUGAACAAAUUUCUAUUGCCUUUACAUUUCACAUGGGUUUCAUGAGCACAAAAUCUACAAAAUUCAUUUACAUAAUUUAUGUACGAGUAACCAGGAACAAGAUAAAUUUACGUUAAUAUUUAACCUUCAUCAAUUUUAGAGUAACUGCAUGCAUUUGAGUAAAGGUUUCAUAAGAGUAUGCAAAAUUUGUUUAGUUUACUGUUACUGUAUAAUUACUUUAU